AUGUCCUUCAGUGCCACCAUUCUCUUCUCCCCACCCAGUGGCAGUGAGGCCACAUGCUGCUGCUGUGCCUGUAAGAAUGAGACUAGUGGGGGCAGCACGGGCCCGCAGGGCGGGAAUCCUCCUUCCAGCACCCCUAUCACCGUGACAGGACAUGGCCUGGCGGUUCAGAGUUCAGACCAGCUCCUACAUAUCAUCUACCAGCGGGUGGAGAAGGCAGUGGGAUUGGCUGAGACUGCUCUGGGUCUUGCCAGGGCCAACAAUGAAUUGUUAAAGCGUCUACAGGAGGAAGUGGGUGAGCUAAAGCAAGGGAAAGUGUCUACCCCUCAUGAGGAUGGAGAAGGUGGUGCACAGAGUUCCCCACCUGAAGAGCCUGGGCCUCUCAAAGAGAGCCCUGGGGAAGCCUGCAAGGCUCCGUCUACCAUGGAAGAGGAAUGUGACAGCGUGGGCAGUGGCGUGCAGGUGGUGAUCGAGGAGCUGCGGCAGCUGGGAGCAGCCUCAGCUGUGGGGCCUGGGCCUUUGGGUUUCCCAGCCACUCAGAGAGGUGCCCUGGCCAGUGAGGGAGGCUCCCUGCUCAAUCCUCUGGUGGAUGAUUACAUGACCUCUGAAGGUGCAGUACAGCGGGUGCUGGUCCCUGCUUAUGCCAAGCAGCUCUCACCAGCCACGCAACUGGCUAUCCAGCGGGCAACCUCAGAGACGGGGCCAGAGAAUGGAACCAAGUUGCCACCACCCCGCCCUGAAGAUAUGCUCAGUGCUGCUGCUGCGCUGGACAGUGCCUUGGAAGAGUCAGGCCCUGGGGGAACUGGGGAGCUGAGACACUCUCUAGGGUUUACUGCUUCCCAGUGCAGAACCAGAGGGAGUGGGCAGAAGAAUUCCAGGCGCAAGCGGGAUCUAGUACUCUCUAAAAUGGUCCAUAAUGUGCAUAACCACAUCACCAAUGACAAGAGAUUCAAUGGGUCUGAAAGCAUCAAGUCCUCCUGGAAUAUUUCAGUAGUAAAGUUCCUUCUGGAGAAGCUCAAGCAGGAGCUGGUGACCAGUCCCCACAAUUACACUGAUAAGGAGCUAAAAGGAGCCUGUGUGGCCUAUUUCCUUACUAAAAGGCGUGAGUACCGCAACUCCCUGAACCCCUUUAAAGGCCUGAAGGAAAAAGAGGACAAGAAACUUCGAAGUCGCCGAUAUCGGCUUUUUGCCAACCGAUCCAGCAUCAUGAGGCAUUUUGGACCUGAGGACCAACACCUGUGGAAGGAUGUGACAGAAGAGCUGAUGUCAGAUGAAGAGGACAGCCUUAAUGAGCCAGGUGUCUGGGUGGCCCGCCCUCCUCGUUUCCGGGCCCAGCGCCUCACAGAGCUCUGCUAUCACCUGGAUGCUAAUUCUAAGCAUGGCACCAAAGCCAAUCGUGUAUAUGGCCCUCCCUCAGACAGAUUACCUUCUGCUGAGGUACAGCUCCUUCCACCAGAACUUUACAAUCCCAACUUCCAAGAAGAUGAGGGAGGUGAUGAGAAUGGACCUGUCUCCCCAUCUUUUGACCAACCCCACAAAACCUUCUGCCCUGACUUGAACUCAUUCAUUGAAAUCAAGGUGGAGAAGGAUGAAUGA